CCGAACCUCAACGCGCAGGCGACGGCCCAGGUUAUAAGUAUUGGAAUCAGCAUUUGACGACGCGCAUUUCUACUCACGCACAGUUCUUGAACGUUCCCAAGCGAUUCCGCGCGUAACCACACGUUCGUCGAGGGAACAAAAACGGAAAGAUCGUGAUAUAUCAGUUAUAAAUACUGCAAAUUCGUACAACAAUGGCGACUGGAGCUGCGCAAUUACCUCACAUCGAGGUCUUCCAUCGCGUUUUGACGCUUCCUGUGGUCGAAAGCGCGAUGACUAAAUCUGUAGCGACAUAUUCACGCGUGAAAGAUUCGCAUUAUCUGGUACACUGGGUAUUAUCCACUGCGGAAACGUCUUUGAAGCAAGCAGUACCUAUUGCUGUACCCAUCGCCAAGAAACUCGAGAACCCUAUUCACUUCGUCGACCACACGUUGUGUCUUGGGCUUGAUAAAAUCGAAGAAAAAGUACCGAUGGUUAAGGAGAAACCUGAGCAGAUUUUGGAGAAUGCGUACACACUAGCAUUACAGACUGUUCAGCCAGCAGUUUCUAGUAUUUCGCACGCCAACGAUUUAAUAGUAUCGCAGGCGUCCAACUUGAAGGAUAUGAGCUGGAACAAGGCGAAUCAAAUUUUGGAAACGUCUUAUGGCAGCGCUGCUGUUAAAAGUUUAGAUAGCACGGCUGUUGUUGUUGACAAGCUGAUUGAUAAAUAUUUUCCCGCGACAGGAGACGAAGAGUCACUAGAAAUAAAAACAGACGAGGAAGACAAACUCCUUCACACAUUGCAAACAGUUGGACGUUUAUCCAAUAAAGCUGCGUGUCGAGUGUACUCGAACUUAUUGCUUCACUUGAGGAUCAUCAACAAAGACAAUUUCAAGUCCUACAUAAGCUCCUUAUUACAAUUUCUGCAGCUUACGCAAUACCUUCAUGCCAUAAACGAAAAAGUACAAGCUCAAACAUCCAAUACGAAUGAUACACCGACAAAGCCGACGAAAAACUAAUGUUUUCAUUAUUGUUCACUCAGAGAAAAGAACUCCUUUCAUUAUUUUUCAUAUUUAUUAUCAGUGUGCAUUUUGUUCUCCAUUGUUUUUUUUUGGUCGUAACAUCCUUUUUCGAUUAACAAGUUAUAUACUCGAAUAUAUAAAUUGAGUGUUUAUAUUUUUCGGUAUAUAAAGUAUAUUUAAGAUAUUACGUUUAUUUUGUAUCUGUAUGCCUAUAAGAGAGAGACUUAUAAACCAUCGUCUUUUUUAUAGAUUUAUUUUGUCAGCGGUGAACACACAUUUCUAUUUACUAAUCGUUCACACGUUCAGCACAUGUAAAUAGUAUGAAGCUGUAGAUUAGUUUUAUUACAUUUUUUGCAUAUGCCGUGUAUACGUAAAUAAAAUAAGCAUAAGUUGAUUAUUGAAACAAAAUUUUAUCA